AUGGCCGCAAUCUGGCUCUUCGUCGCGCUGGGAUACCUCCUCCUGUACGUAUUUGCUGCGGUGCCUGAUGCCCAUGUCCAGGCACUAUUACCCGCAGCUGCAUCCGCUGAAAGAUCUCAAUCUUCUUCUCUUCAUCAUCUUCUUCCGUUUGACUACGCGAUGAAUCCGCUUCAGUUUCAGCUUCGGGACCAGCUACGGCACCAGAACUGGCAGGGAUCGUCUCUUCCUGCAUCUUGCAUUGCAUCGGCUGCAUCUGUUUCACCUGCUGAUGGCUUCCUGCAUCGCCACGAGGUCCCUGCUGAGGCCGUGCUCGAUGCUUUUUCUCUUUCUCACAUUACGGGGCUGGCAUACUGUCUAUACGGACGCAAGAAUGAUUCUGAAUGA